UCUAUUACUCCUCAACUCUACCCUGGUUUUGCUGAAUAACUAACUCAUCAUUAUUAAACAUCAGUUCUUUGUAUCUUUAUGCUAAUGAAAAUGUAGUUACUUUUUGCCACCUUUCUGGUCAAAUUGUCAACCUUUUGUUAUCUGGUUUGUCUACUCCAGGGGGAUUUGCAAGUGUUAGAGAUGUGACGACCAUGCAAUUGGAAGAUCAUCAGCACAGUUUCUUUCUUGCUGAAACGUGCAAGUACUUAUAUCUCCUCUUCGGUGAUUCAUUUGUGGCCAAAAGGAAUUAUAUAUUUACAACCGAGGGCCACCCUAUUCAAGUUGUGAGCUCCUGGCAUGAGAAACUACCAAAAAGUUAUUUCUCAGGCAACUGGACGCUUUCAAAGGAACUUGCGAAUUUGCAGAGAGGGGCAUGGGAAAGUGGAGCUAGCGCAUUGUCACUGCAAGUAUGUCCAUCGAUAGCUCUCAACUCUAGACGUCCUGAGCAACACAGAGAGAGUGCUUGCCAUGUCCCUGACGAGAAAAUCAAUCAUAGGUGUUGGAGCAACAAAGAGUGUGGAGUUGAUGCCACUACUUGUAGACAAAGAUCCUGCAGCGAAGUUGGAUACUGCGGCUUAUGGAAUCCCUUAUAACUUUUGACACAAAACAGGGCGUUUUUGAGGUUUAGGAAAGGAAAGAGAAGAGUUGGGGUUUAUGAAGGGAAACUGUCAAUUAAUGUGAACGAAAAGCUUUGGUUGACAGUAAAAUGAAUAGUUGUUGCAUGAGGCUGUUGUAUCUUUUCUUUGAGUCAUCAGUCUUGACAUGGAUAUAUAUACUACGGGAGGAUUAACCUCAAUGAAAGGAGGAGAUAUUUAAACACCA